AUGGCCCGUGUCGUCCCCUAUGCAGCGAUCCAAUUUUGCGCUCAUGAACAAUGGAAAGAACUACUCCAAGUUGACAAGAAUGGUGUUCGAACGCCCGGUUGGCGAUACAUAGCCGGCUCGCUGGCAGCAAUGACGGCAACGAUGAUCACAUACCCGUUGGACACCGCCAAAGCAAGACUCUCAACGUCAAAUCGAAUCGAGUACCCAACUCUCGUCUCGGUUUUCAAAAAAACGUAUCAAGCGGAGGGGAUAACUUCGUUGUACAGGGGUAUGUGGCCAACACUGUUGGGUGUGAUACCCUACGCCGGGACGUCUUUCUUCACCUAUGAAAGCUUCAAACUUGCCUAUGAAGAAGAAACGGGGCAUACAGUAACUCCAUUAUGGCGACUUUUCUUUGGCGCGGUGGCUGGACUAAUUGGUCAAUCUUCAUCUUAUCCAUUGGAUAUCGUGAGACGGCGAAUGCAAACCGGUCGAGUACCUGAAAAUUGGGGUGUACUACAAACUCUGGCUACAAUUCUCAAAAACGAGGGUCUUGUGCGGGGACUUUAUAAGGGUCUUUCGAUGAACUGGAUCAAGGGCCCAAUAGCCGUCGGCGUCUCGUUCACUACUUACGACUUUCUAUUCGCUAAGCUCAAAACGAUUCAUUUGUCAAGUAAGGGCACAAAAAAGUAUACGCCGAUCACAAAGCAAAGUCAACGAAUCGUGCCGAUACCUAUGACUGAGGUGAUCGAACCGCGUAGGCAGAAGCUCGUCUCGCCUGACUUUGACGCACUCUUCACGCCACCAUUAAAGAAAUUAAAUGAGCUCUUUGCGAAGAAUGGAUACGAAUUAAGAAUUGCUGGCGGUGCAGUUCGUGACCUGUUAAUGGGAAUUUGGCCGGCGGAUGUCGACUUUGCAACAACCGCCACGCCUACCAUGAUGAAAGAUCUCUUUGAGAGAGAACAGAUUCGAAUGCUUCACAAGAAAGGUGAGGAUCAUGGAACGAUCACUUGUCGAAUUGAUGACAAAGAGAACUUUGAAAUCACGACAGUUGACAAAGUUUGCGACGGCCGUCGAGCAGAGGUAGAGUAUACAACUGAAUGGCAACUAGACGCAAAUCGACGGGAUCUUACUAUCAACUCACUGUUCUUGGACCUUGAUGGUACGAUUAUUGAUUAUUUUGGUGGUAUCGAAGACGUGCAUAAUCGGAGAGUUCGCUUUGUUGGUGAUGCAGAGCAACGUAUUCAAGAAGAUUAUUUGCGGAUACUUCGUUACUUCCGAUUCUUCGGACGAAUUGCUACAGAAGAUGGACAUGACCCGGUAACUAUUGAUGCGAUUGUCAGGAAUCGAGAUGGGCUUUUAGGAAUAAGUGCUGAGCGAAUUUGGACCGAAUUCAAGAGGAUUGUUGUUGGUCGAAUGGCACCUGAUGUUGUUGAUUGUAUGCUUGCUCGUUGUGAGCUUCAUAGACAUUUGGGCCUACCAGAAAAUGUGAAUUUGGAAAGAUUUCGACGAGUUUAUGAAAAAUAUUCAUCUAAAGUCGAGUCGAUGACAAUGGUUGGAUCUCUAUGCAACGAUGUCAAGGAGAUUGCGACUUUUCAUGCGAGAACAAAGCUUUCAAACGUCGAGCGUGAACUUGGCGAGCUUGUCGUGCGAGAACGUGAGAAAGCUGAAAAAGCGGGAGUGUCGCUCGAUUGGUGGAAAGCGCUUCUCGUUGACUUAAACGUUCGACCUGGACACGAGGAACACAAAUCGGGUACGGGUGUCACUCGGGUGUUGCAGCUUGGCAUGAGCGUGUGCAUGGAGGAGAAAUUGUUGAACGAACUACAAGCCUGGUCAAUUCCUGUGUUCCCGAUUAAGGGUUUGGAUUUGAUCGAACAUGGAGUGGCUGCCGGGCCGAAAAUGCGGGUCACAGUAAAUUACCUAUUCGAUUUAUGGCUUAAGUCGAAGUAUACAUUGACAAAAGAUGAGCUUUUGACGCAUACGCGAGAUGCCGAAAUUCCCGAUGUACCAGAACAGUUCAAACCAAACCACCAAAUGGCCAACGAGAUCGAUCAUCUGAUUCAAAAAGAUGACAUCAUUUGGGCCCCGUAUCGGAAAGGACCACUCUGGCCGUCAAAGGUGACCGCCGUUUACAGCAAAAAGGUCAGCUUCAACUUUUUCCCGCUUCCCGAGAACCCUAAACGAAUGGCCGUCUUCAGUGCGAAGCCGACGGCGGUUUUCGCGCUCGGCAUCACUGAUCACUUGCGCACCGAUGCGAGCGAGGAUUUGCGCGUCGCUUUGGCCCACGCGAUCAUGCAUUUGAAAGGGCAGGGGAGAAAAGUGGGUGCCAAAGCCGCUCGUUACACAGAACAUGGAGUCGAACAAUUGCAUGAGGAGGAUGUGGAAUAUGAGGAAUUCGAGAAAAUCAUUGAAAAAGCACAGCAACAAGUCAUCAAGAAGAAAGGAAAGAAACGGGAACGAUCUCCAUCGGAAGAGCAGGAUUUCGACGAGAAAGAGGAAUCCCCGUCAACACAUGAGGAAAACGAACAAGCCAAGCCAUCAGUUGAAACGAAUGGGAAUCGAGGGAAACGAUUGAGAAGAGGACAAGGAAUCGACGAGGAAAAACGGGAAAAAGAGAUGACACCGAAAAGGGGAAAGGUCGCGCCGAUGAAAGAGACACAAGAGGUACACGAUUCAAAGAAAGAUGAGAAAAGCAGCGGUGAUCCGUCGCCUAGCUCGGGUAGUGGUGAUAAGGAAGAGAUUCAACAGAGGGCACCAAAGAAACGCGGAAAGACAACGACAAAUGGUGUGCCGAAGAUUCCGAGUGAUGAAAUUUACGAGAUUGCAACAAGGGAUCACAAAAAGAUCAUCACCGAUUUGAUUAACAACCCUUCAAAACAAAUGCUCGACUAUGUGAUUCCGCCAAGAAAUUCGAUCAAGAUUCAGUUCAAAACCGGAAAUUUCAUCACUGAUUUCCAAGCCGAUCACCUAUUCGAUGCUGUGAUGCGUCACUACAUGACCGUUCACAAGACAGCGCAAAUCUUGCCCGCAGUUCACUAUGUGGCCAAUUUGCUUAUUGAACCGCUCAUCAAAUACGCAGUUUUACAGACAGGAAAGUUCACCAGCGACGAGGUGGAGGCGAAAUUCGUCGACAAUCACACGGAAACGAAUGGAGAUGCGGUGAAACAAGAGAAAAGACAGCGAAUGAGUCACCCAUUGGAGGAUCUCGUGCGGGUCGCCUGUCAAGAACUCGACAAAAUCAAUGGCACGGCU